AUGGGACUGCAGGAGAAGAUCAACGCCAACCCGACGGUGUACGCCGUGGCCACUCCGGCGCCCAAGAAAUUCGAUGUGGACGAGGCUCUGGACGAGGACGCCGCUGACCCGUUCGAGUCAGACGAGGUCUUCGAGAUUCUGCGGCACAUUAACGACCCGGAGCACCCGCUGACGCUCGAGCAGCUCAAGGUCAUGUCGCUCGAGAACAUCCACGUGGACGACGCCAACUCGCGCAUCAAAAUCUACUUUACGCCCACCAUCCCGCACUGCAGCAUGGCGACUCUGAUCGGGUUGUGCCUCCGCGUGAAGCUGCUGCGCUCGCUGCCGCCGCGCUUCAAGGUGGACAUCCUCAUUACGCCUGGUACGCACGCGUCCGAGGCCGCGGUCAACAAGCAGCUGAACGACAAGGAGCGUGUGGCUGCUGCGCUGGAGAACGCACACCUGCUGACGGUUGUCAACAAGUGCAUUGCCAACACCGACAAGUGA